AUGGUCCGGUCAAAGCGUCCGGCCGAGGUUAUUGACCUGACUGGCUCUGAGUCGCCAAAACCAAAAUAUGCUCGCCACGACACCAGUCAAAUAUCACCACCAAACUAUGGUGGACCGGCGCAUCCGGCCGGUGGUGUGCCAUCUUCUUCCGCUCGAAGUGCGUUUGAUGAUGACGACGACAGCCUUGAGCUCACGAUGACCCAGGCAGACGACAGUAACACCCCUCAGAUGGAGCUGUACGGCUCAUUCGAGGGCAAGAUCGUCGGCGUCAGAUAUUAUCACGGAGUUGUGACUCCCGGAGAGAUGAUUCUGUGCCGCCGCGAGGCCAACAACCAGUAUGAUCCGAACGCCAUUCGCAUCGAUAACGUCAUGCGUCGGCAGAUUGGGCAUUUACCCCGCACCCUCGUGAAGAAGUUGGCACCUUAUAUUGACAACAAUGAGAUCGUGAUCGAAGGCGUUCUUACUGGCGAGAAGGGGGCGUUCGAGUGUCCCAUCCGGGUCUACGUCUACGGUACUAGCAACGCAGCUGACCGACUCACACUCGAGGACAAGCUCAAGGCCGACAAAAUCCUCAAGGCGACAGACAUGAAGAACACGAGAAAGCAAGCCGAGACAAUGAAGAAGGCCGCAAAGCUUGGCUUCAAGAGCAGCACCGUCGAUACUGUGGCCCAGCAGGAGCAUGACGAGUCGCUGCAGGAUCUCCUCGGCAGGACGCAGGCUCUGGACGCUCGCACAGAGUCGGACCUUCUAAAGACUUUUGCCAUGGACGAGGAGACAUUGUCCCAGCUUCCAAAGGCGGAGCAGCCUCUGGCAAUCCACUCGAAACUACUGCCAUACCAACUACAGGGUUUGGCGUGGAUGAUUGCUAAGGAAGAGCCUCAACUUCCGUCCCCGCAAUCGAACGAAAUCGUUCAGUUAUGGAAGCGGGAUAAGCGUGGCCAUUUCUUGAAUCUUGCCACCGGCUUCACCACGACAGAAAAGCCGGCCUUGCUGUCCGGUGGCAUUCUGUCGGAUGAUAUGGGACUUGGCAAGACCAUCCAGAUCAUUAGCUUGAUCCUGUCACAAAGCAGCAAUCAGCCAGGUCCCACGCUCAUUAUAGCACCCAAGGGCGUCAUGAGCAAUUGGGAGGAGCAGGUCUUCAAACACGUCCACCCAAACCACACACCUCGCAUUCUGCGGUAUCAUAGAGGUGGUAACCACACCGCCAAAGAUUUCCGCAAUCAUGACAUCGUUAUCUCCAGUUAUGGCAAGCUUGCUUCAGACUUCAAGUCUGCCCGUAAAGAUGGACUUUUCUCUCUUGAGUGGCGCCGAGUGGUCCUAGACGAAGGCCACAUCAUCCGCACACCCACUACCACGUGCGCAAAGGCCGCAUACGACCUCAAGGCAAAGUCGCGCUGGGUCCUCACAGGAACACCAAUCGUGAACAAGCUCAAGGACUUCCAGUCUCUUCUCCGGUUCCUACGUAUCAGUGGUGGCAUCGAGGACCCCAUGCUGUUCAAUACCGUCAUUGGCAGGCCGAUCGAGGGCGAGAUUGGAGGCGAAGACAGUUCUCAAGAGUACCGCAAGGCUGAGAGUCUCCUUCAAGCUCUCAGUCGGGAUCUGUGCCUACGAAGACUGAAACACAUGGGCUUCGUCGAUCUCAAGUUGCCAGAAAAGACUGAGCGUAUCUUCGACGUCGAGUUCAACAAGGACGAAAAAGUCAAGUACGAUGCUAUGCUCUCGCAAGCCAAGGGCGCACUCCAGGAGUACGAGGCGAGGUCCGAGCACGGCCAGAAGAUGAGGUUCGCGAACGUGCUCGAGAGGCUCCUGCGUCUGAGGCAGCUCUGCAACCACUGGACGCUUUGUGGAGACCGUGUCAAGGAUAUCUUGAGCUUGCUGGAUGACCAGAAUGUUGUUCAAUUCAGCGAGGAAAAUCUGCAGAUCCUCCAAACUGCGCUUCAUGCAGCCGUCGAUGAUGCAGAGGAAUGCGCUGUUUGCUAUGACGCGAUCGACACUCCUGAGAAUUUGGGGCCUGUCAUCACGGCUUGCAAGCACAUAUUCUGCAAGAAGUGCCUCACACAAGCAAUCGCCAUGAAGCCCGCGUGCCCAAUGUGUCGAACACAUCUGACACCAGACUUGGUCGUAGACUUCGACCCAAGCUUCAAGGACCCAGAAGAUAAUGUGAGCACAUAUGACGCGGAAACGGAAAGCUCAAAGACGGAGGCAAUCAAGAAAUUGCUGCAGAUCACUCUGAAGGACCCGAAAUCCAAAGUUGUCAUCUUCUCGCAGUGGACAUCGUUCUUGAACAUCAUUGAGCAUACUUUGAGAGCCAACAAUUUCCGCUUCAGCCGUAUCGAUGGGUCAAUGACAACUGAGAAGCGCGACUCGGCUGUCACUUCACUAAACGAAGACCCCGAGAGCCGGGUACUCUUGGCAAGUCUUAGUGUAUGCAGUGUUGGCCUGAAUCUGGUUGCUGCAGACACUGUCAUCCUAGCAGAUAGCUGGUGGGCGCCUGCGACGGAAGACCAGGCUGUGGCCCGUGUGCACCGACUUGGACAGACCCGGGAGGUCAGGAUAUGGCGCCUCAUUGUGAAAGGCUCGAUAGAAGAACGCGUGCUCGGUAUCCAAGCAGAAAAGAGAGAACUCGUCGGCAAGGCGUUCCGGGACAAGCCCACGACGGGUCAGACCAAACAAGUGUCUUUGAACGAUGUCAGGAAGGUGCUUGGAGGAUGA